AUGUUUGGAUGGGGCUUCAAUCCACCCGAAAUUAUUCAAACAUGGAUUGAAGAGCAUUAUGAUCCAGCAUCUAUUGAUGGCAACAUUAGUUUGAUUUAUGAGAGAGAUGAUAUUCGAUUAUGUACUAUACAACGUGCAGUUCCACAACAGAAAUUAGGCUUUUAUGCAUAUUAUCAUCGAAAAGAACGUUUUCAUUAUAUCCAGUUCAAUGAUAAUUGGGAAUCGAGUCUGCCCUAUCGAGCGGGUAUCAAAAAUUUUGAUCGAAUCAUCGAACUAAAUGGCGUUAAUAUUGAAAAAGAUACGCCACAUGAAUUACGAAGCCGUUUCAGUGCUGAUCAGCAUCUUCCUGUUCAAAUGCUUGUCUGUAGUCCAGCUACAUAUAUUCACUACAGAUCUACUGAAAAGCCUCUGCAUAGUCAUCUUCGAACUGUUCACCAUGUGAAACCUUUAUAUGCUACAUCAACAUCGGACUCGGAUACAAAUGCAAAAAAAGAAGUUUCUGUCGGUCAUCACAAUUUUUGCGCUGUACAAUGGGAAAACAGUUGUACUAUUUCUACCGUACCUCAGUCAGCGAUUUUCAAAUCACCUGAAUUUACUCAUGUAAAUGAUGUCUGUUUUAUUGAAACAGCUGGACACUAUCGAAAAGGACAAAUUAUUUUCAAAGGUUCGUGUACAAUAUUGGAACAGCUUCCAAAUCAAUUAUUUUUCUAUUUAUUUACUUUUAUUGACAUUCAACAUUUAUAUACUGCUUUCUGGGGACUUAAUUCACGGCUGAACAAUAUGAUUCAAUCUUGUAAAAAUCUAUGUCUAACUUUCGAUGAGAAAACUGAUCCAUUGCUAAUGAAAUCCUAUUCUUCUUAUGUAAAUCAAUUAAUAAUACAGACGUCCAUUCAUUGUGAUUUUAGUCAAUUUCCUAAUUUACAUACAUUGAUAUUAUGUGAUAGCAACAAGAAGCAUCUAUUACAAAUUAAAUCUGAAAUCAUUCCCAAUCUGACUCAUCUAUCUUUGUUAUUAGGAUCGAAAUUCAUUCCUCCACAGCAAUUAAUUUGUGAUAUAUUCUCCAAUAAAUUUCCAUCUCUUCGUCAUGUUCAUUUGGGUCGUAUCGAUUAUUCCACUUGCCAUUCAUGGACUACGUCACCUUCUCUCCAAUGUAUGUCAAUAUUCUCUUGUAAAUCAAUGUCUAUUCUAGCAAUUCUGGCUUCGUGUCCCAAUCUUCAUCAUCUGCAAGUUCAUAUUUUCUCUAGCGACAAUAAUAUAUUUACAUCAUCUGCACCACUAAAUCAUCCACUUCGACGUCUUAUUGUUUGGAGUAAUUAUACGGAACUAUAUUUUAAUGAUAUUGACCGAUUUCUUGCUUAUACACCCAACAUUGAAUAUUUGUAUCUUCAAACAGUAUAUAGUACACCAUUUAUUCAUUUAGCACGAGGUCUGAUCAAUCGACUUCAUCAUUUGUCUCGAUUUGAUUGUUAUAUCAGAGAAAUAUUGACUAGAGAUGAUCGUGUUGGUAAUCUAACUAGUAUACAUCGAAUUCAUUCAUGUUUUAAUAAGAUUAAAUGCAUAGAAGAAAAUGAAAAAUGUCGAAUAUUUUCCACUUAA